UAAUCCCUGUAGCAGCACCUCCAUUUGCAUCACUGACUGACUGACAGCACACGUUUGCGCGUCAUUUUAACUGAACUUCAGCAGCCGAGCCAGCACUCCGUCAAGAGAUAUAACCAUUUCAGUGGGAUGCACAGAGGCGACAACCGCAUUGAAGAUGGCUAAACUGUGGAUAUUGACGUUACUGUUAUUUGUUUAACCUUGAUGCUUGGAUAAUCAACGACACCUUUACGACACCUGCGAAUCUUUUGGAUAGAUACCACCGGAGCUCUCUGCAGUGGGCUUGAAGAAGGAUUAAUAUUUAUUUAACUUUUCCACAUUUACCGUUACCCUUUGGAAUAGGAGCGCACCAGGAGGAAAGGUUGCAUCGCAAGGGAAACGUGCUGCUGCUAUUGAAGAGUGCUAAAGGAUGGCACUUUGGUACAAAAUUCUUGUACUUAGCUUAAUGAUAACGACUCAGGCUUACGGAUCCGGUGUAUUCGAGCUUGGUCUUCAUGAGUUUAAGAACGAUUACAGAUUGCUGUCCAAUGGUGAGGCAUGUGGUCCCGAGUGUCGAACCUUUUUCCGAGUGUGCCUGAAGAACUACCAAACGGUGGUGACCCCUGGUGAAUGCAUCUUCGGCAGUAAUAUCACGCCUGUCUUAGGGACCAAGUCGUUCAGCGUCAUGAAGAACGGCGGGGUCAAUAAACCAAUUCGAUUGCCUAUCGACUUUAGUUGGCCGGGAUCCUUUUCUUUAAUCAUCGAAGCCUGGUAUGCACCGACACAGGAAUUAUUAGAUACAUCGAACCCCGAGUUAUUGAUUAGCUUUUUUGCCACCCAGAGAAAGUUGGAAGUAGGUGCUGAGUGGUCUCGGGAUCAUCUGACGUGGAAGCAGACGGAGCUAAGGUAUUCUUACCGGUUCAUCUGCAAUGAAAAUUACUACGGCCAAAGUUGUUCCCAAAAAUGCAAUCCCAGGGACGACCGUUUUGGCCACUACACCUGCGACCCUGACGGGAAAAGAUCCUGUCUCCCUGGCUGGAAUGGACAAUACUGCGAAGAACCGAUUUGCCUCGAAGGAUGCAGCAAAUCAAAUGGAAACUGCUCGAAACCCGGAGAGUGUGACUGCAGGGAAGGCUGGCAGGGCAUCUUCUGUGACGAGUGUAAGAGACACCCCGCCUGUAAGCACGGCACCUGUCAACAGCCCUGGCAGUGCACCUGCGACGAGGGCUGGGGCGGCCUUCUUUGUGAUCAAGAUCUGAACUACUGCACCCACCACAAACCCUGCCGGAACGGGACAUGCAUGAACACGGGCCAGGGCAGUUACACGUGCACCUGCCACCCCGGCUUCACCGGCGUCAACUGCGAGCGGGAGGUGAAGGAGUGCGACAGCCGCCCCUGUCUGAACGGAGGCCUGUGCACGGACCUUGAGAGCGGGUACAAGUGUGAGUGUCCAAAAGGGUACGAGGGUGACCACUGUCAGACUCGGGUGCUGACCUGUGCAGAAUCGCCCUGCUUCCACCUGGGCCGGUGCCACGAUAAGGAUGACGGUCGGAGCUACGUGUGCGAGUGUCCUGCCGGCUACACGGGGCUCAACUGCGAGAAGCGCGUGGACAAGUGCACAUCCCUGCGCUGCGCCAACGGUGGACACUGCGCUAUGGAGGGGAGCGUGCGAAAGUGCAUCUGUCGGUCGGGCUUUAGUGGCCUCCACUGCGAGGUCAACAUCAACGACUGCGCCAAGAACCCCUGCGCCAACGGCAGCACCUGCAAGGACAGCAUCAAUGGCUACACCUGCAUGUGCCCGCCUGGCUUCCAGGGCCGCAACUGCGACCGCCGCACCGACGUCUGUGCCACGCGGCAAUGCCUGAACGGCGGAACCUGCCGGAAAGGCGUGGGCUGCGUGUGCCCACCCCACUUCAGCGGGCCGCAGUGCGAGGCGGCGUACGCGCCCGCCACCACCACGCCCACGCCGGACGACCACGCACCCUGGGCCGCGGUGCUCCUGGGGGUGGGCCUGGUUGCCAUGACGGUGCUGCUCUGCAUGGUGUUUGUGGUGCUGCGCUUCGUCCACAAGCAGAGGGCCCGCGAGCACCUGGACACGUCCACCAAGAACAACCUGUCCGACUUUCAGAAGGACAACCUCAUCUCCGCCAUGCAGCUGAAAAACAACAACCAGAAGCUGGGCCUGGAGGUGGACUGUCCUAGCGAAAAGCUGAACUACAAACACAUCAACUACCACAAGGACUACAAGUCCCAGAUGGACUACAAGGAAGAGCUGUCGAGAGAGGACAAACUGCAUCACAAUGAGAAAUGUUUAGAAGAGAAAAAGCCACUGGGUAGAAUAUAUAGAGAAAAGCCGGAAUGUAGAAUAUCAACAAUAUGUUCUUCAAGAGAUUCCAUGUACCAGUCUGUGUUCGUCAUUACUGAGGAGAGAAAUGAGUGCGUCAUUGCUACGGAGGUAUAAAAUAUCAAGAUUAUCAAGAAGGACUAUCUUCUGGACUGUUUACAUAUAGAUGGUUUUUUUUUUAUUUAAGUGUGACUUGCUGCUCUUGGAAACUUGAUAACUGGAGAGGGCCUGUGCUCAGGCGACUGCAAUAGGACUACGUCUGAAUGUAAACACGUCAGGACUGAUUCGAUUCAGAGCAGAAACGACCGGAGUGCCCAUACUGUAGCUGAGAGACUGAUGGCUCUUCUGGCAUUUCUGCCUUCACUCAAGGGUGUGGGGGGGACCAUGGAGACUUCACAAGCACCCACCCACCCACCCUCCAGGAGACGGAAAAGACUAAUCUAUACGUUUGUAAUCAUGGACCAAUAAUAUUUAAUUAUUUCCAUUCAAAGUUUUUUUUUUUUUUUUUUAAAUUUAGUAAUAUGGCAAUCCAGUAAUCAAAAUCAUAACUGCCUGACCUACAAGACCCACCGUCUUCUUCCAUGUCCCAACCAUAACUGGGUGCUAUGCAAGAGAAAAUGGGAACAUUUUUACAAGACCAACAUUCAUACGCAUUUAGAAUAAUAUUGGAGACAGCCCACUUUGUGGACAGUCUUUGACUUUCUUAUCAAAAUCAGCUUUGUAACACUAGUACUGAGUACCUUUUUGUUGAUGUCAGAUUUUUUGUAAAACAAAGUUUAUAUGCAUAAUAAUCACAGAGCCUUAAAAAUGGGUUGGAGACCUAAAUUAGUGCCCUGUUCGUUUGAGACCCUUACUCACUGUGGCCACUGCUCCGUUGAAUACAGAGGCAGUUGUCUGCAGCGGUGAGGUGCUCAAAAGAACGUAAUUUUUAUCACACUGUAUGCAACUCAUGCCCAAGGGGACAAAGACCAACAAGUGACUAUCACACCGAAGAAGCCUAAAAAAUAGUUGAAAUUGCAGAACAAUUGAUGUUAUUUUUUAAAGAUUAGUAUUUCACUAGUUAUUUAAAUCCUAAGAAGCACUGAUCUUUUUAUGUUUUCUAAAUUUAUUUUGUAUAUACUGUAUAUUUAUGAAACCUGUACAUUCUGUAUUGUGUGACUGUUGACCAUCAAGAAAAGUUAAAUUUAUUUUUUUGUUGUUGUUAUUGUUUAUUCAAAACAAUGAAAACAAAUCUGGUACACUGUCGUUUGUUGGUUUCAUUAAAUGUGGAGUGCGAAGUGCAACACCUAGAUAUAUAAGCAUUUGUCUAGAUAAGAAAGAACUGCGAUGAGUGUGUCAUCUAGUGUGGGUGGAGAAAUCACCUCCGUCUUAUUUGACCAGCUGUAAUAAUGACGUGUAAUAACUGGCAACUGAGGCAACAUGUGUCUAGGUAGUGUGAAGUUCGGUUGCCCACAAUCAGUCUUUAGACAGCACUGUUACAUCCAUGUGAGGAAUGUGAGGUGAUAUAUUCAUUAAAAAUGUGCAACAACCAAUCCACAUGA